AUUCAUUGUAUAUAAUAUGAUCUGUGGGAUCUGGUCAUUGCUACUCACAGGCAAACAAAAAAAAAAAAAUGGAUAAAAGAUGGAGUCUUCAAGGUAUGACUGCUCUUGUGACCGGUGGAGCUAGCGGAAUCGGAUAUGCCAUAGUAGAGGAGCUAGCCGGUUUUGGAGCUAGAAUCCAUGUAUGUGACAUCUCUGAAACGCUGCUGAAUCAAAGUUUAAGCGAAUGGGAUAAGAAAGGGUUUCAAGUGAGUGGCUCAGUCUGUGAUGUAACCUCUCGUCCCGAGAGAGAAACUUUGAUGGAAAAAGUCUCCUCGCUGUUCAAUGGCAAACUCAACAUUUUUGUGAAUAACGUAGGCGUACUUCGAGGAAAGCCAAUAACAGAAUUUGUGGCAGAAGAUUUCGCUUUCAACAUCUCAACAAACUUGGAACCUGCUUUCCAUUUUUGCCAGCUUUCACAUCCUCUCCUAAAGGCUUCAGGCUAUGGAAGCAUCAUCUUAAUGUCCUCUGUUUCAGGGAUUUUAUCAGUUGAGCAAGGAUCCAUUUAUGGUCUAGCCAAAGGAGCUCUGAAUCAGCUAGCUAGAAAUUUAGCAUGUGAAUGGGCAAAAGACGGCAUAAGAGCCAACGCUGUUGCACCUAAUGUUGUCAAGACACCACAAUCUCAACCUUUUCUUGAGGACGACAGUUGCAAAAAAAUAUUAUUCGGUAGAACUCCACUUGGUCGCGCUGGAGAGCCAAAUGAAGUUGCAUCACUGGUGGUCUUCUUGUGUCUGCCUGCAGCUUCUUAUAUCACAGGUCAAACCAUUUGUGUUGAUGGAGGCAUUUCGGUUAACGGUUUCUCCUUUUAACUACAGGCUUGAAAAUGGCCUUGUUGCGCUUUGUUACUCUCUUGAAACUCUCUGUGUUCUCUCUCUAAUAAACUCUCUGUAGUUUGGCUAUAAAUCGAUCUUAUUAAACUUUUGUUGUAUGAAAUGUAUGAAAUAACCGAAAGUUUUGUUACUCUCUUGAAACUCUGUGUUCUCUCUCUAGUAAACUCUCUGUAGUUGGGUAUAAAACUAUAAAUGGAUCUUUUAAAACU